AUGACGACUCCUACUUCAACCUUCACUGUUAACCACCAACCACUGGGCAGUCUCACCGGCCGCCUGAUCGAUCACCAACAUGCUGAUGGACAGCCCGUGACUGAGCCUGUCGUGCAGUUCCGUUCCAUCCCCUAUGCCACCAUCCCAGCCCGUUUGAGGCAGAGCGUGCUGCUCGAUCACAUCCCAGAUGACUUUGAUGAUCGUCCUCACGGUGACUUUACACAGUAUGGUGCUGCGUGCCCGCAGGUACCACAGCCUACCGGCAAAGGUAGCGCGACAGGCGGAUUUGUGCCUGGUGAGGAGCCAAUCACGUAUGACGAGCAAGCCUGUCUCAACUUGACCCUCUCUACACCAAAGAAUGUCCUCGGCGAGAGUGGCCCAUCACUGCCCAAGAAGCUUCUCCCUGUUCUGGUCUAUGUGCAUGGCGGUGGAUUCGUCGAAGGCAAGGGCCAUGUCAGCGCCCUCCAUGACACGACAAAGAUGACCGACCUGGCAGCUCACGAGUCCAUGGAUGUGGUGAUUGUGUCAAUAGGAUACCGGUUGAACUGGCAGGGUUUCGUCGCCUGCUGCGAUCUACUUGAAGAGGCUAGGGAAAAUGGCGAGCAUGCAUUCAAUUACGGGAUGCGAGACCAACGCAACGCCUUCCUCUGGAUCCAGAGGCACAUUGCAGGGUUUGGCGGUGAUCCAGGUAACAUUACGGCCUUUGGCGAGUCGGCUGGAGCUGCCUCGCUCUACAUGCACGCCUGUUCAGACGUGCCUCUGUUCAACCGAGUCAUCAUCCAAAGUGGCUCGCCCAGCGUGGUAGGUAUGUGGAGCCUUGAGCAGUCCGAUGCAUACUAUCACCAUCUGCUGUCAUAUCUGGGCAUCGAAGGAGCGACACGAACGGAGCGACUAAAAGCCCUCCGUGAGGUGCCAGUGUCGCGCUUGAUUGACUAUAUCCGUGACAACAAUGUCGCCACAAUGAAGCCAUACCUCGGCCCGGAGAGUGAGUUCUUUCCUCCGACUCAGCAGCCCUUUUGGACCACCCAAGGCGAGAUUCUGGCAAACUGCCCAUGGAUCCACGAGAUUAUGAUUGGGGACGACUCGCAUGAGGGUCUCGGGCUCAUGAUACCGCUGAAGGACGUCUCCGCUAGCCAGUGCAUUGCUCGAGUCCGUACCAUCAUGGGUGAUGAGCCUGCCCGCUGCGUGCUCGAUGCAUACGAGAUAUACGACGGUAUGGAUGAGGGCCUCUUCUGGCAGAAUUCGGUGAUUAUGAUUGGUGACUUGCUCAUGACUGAACCCACGCACUCAACCGCAAUCGCAGUGGCUAAGAGUGGUCGAAAGCGUUUAUAUCGCUGGCAGUUUGGUCUGCCAAACCCCUUUCAUGGGUCGGUUUUUUCCUAUGCAACGGGACAUCAUUUUGUCGAGCUCAUGUACCAGUUCAUGACACUCGCUGGACGUCUCCCUACGCACCGGAACCAUUUCUUGCGGCGUCAAGGCGAGGAGAUGGCGCGUAGUUGGAUCCGGUUUGCGAACGGACUCCCGCCGAUGCCUGGUGCAAAGCCGUAUGAUAUGGAAGAAGGCAGCAUCAUGAUCUGUGAUAUGUUGCAUGGAUGGACAGUGCGGACCAGGGCGGAGGAUGAAGUCAUCAGCCAGCAGGAUCCGUGGGGUCCUCGGCGGUACCGUCAGUGGGAAGUUUUGAAUGAGGAGUUGAAAAGGGCCGGACGGGCCAAGGACGGGGCUGGCUCCGAGAAUGAAAAGAUUGAGGCAACGAGAAACGGGUUGCUAGUAUUUGGUUUGUCUGAGAUGCGUUAA